AACCCCGCUGCUGGGUCAGCUGCUCUGACGUCAGCCGAUCAGCUGUUGCCGCCAACCGAGGCCCACGAAACUUGGAGCGCUGCGAUUUAAUCACAGACUUUGCUAUUUCAACACCUACGCGCCGUCGAAGAAGCGGCGCCACCUGAAGCGCACAGAAUCGAAGAUGCUGCUGCGUCGCGUUCUGGGCUACGGAGUCGUGGGCGCCGGACUGGCCUCCGCCGGCUGGAGCCUGCACACCAACGACUACGACCCCAACUCGCUGGGCAUCGUCCGGCUGUCCCGAUCCGCGGCCGCCGUCGUGGACGUGGCACUCACCUACAAGCGGGAGCUCUACUACAGGGAGUGGGACAAGGAGACGCCCGAGUACAAGGCGGAGAAGAGCCGCGUCCACAAGAUUGCGGCCGAGAAGCUGCUCCAGCUGAUCUGCACGAACAGGGGCGUCUACAUCAAGGUGGGCCAGCACAUCGGGGCCCUGGAGUACCUGCUGCCCAAGGAGUUUGUGCAGACCAUGAAGGUGCUGCACUCGGACGCGCCGCAGAACCCCAUCGAGGACCUGUACAAGGUGAUCCGGCAGGACCUGCGCUGCAAUCCCGAGGACAUAUUCGACAGCUUCGAGCGGGAGCCGCUGGGAACCGCCUCGCUGGCCCAGGUGCACAAGGCGCGGCUCAAGAGCGGCGAGGUGGUGGCCGUCAAGGUGCAGCACCCCUACGUCAAGGGCAACUCCCGCGUGGACAUGAAGACCAUGGAACUGGCGGUCAGCGUGCUGGCGCGCAUUUUCCCCGACUUCAAGAUCCACUGGCUGGUGGAGGAGUCCAAGAAGAACCUGCCCAUCGAACUGGACUUCUUGAAUGAGGGACGCAACGCCGAGAAGGUGGCCAAGCAGUUCGAGAAGUACUCCUGGCUGCGGGUGCCCAAGAUCUACUGGGAGUUCAGCUCCUCCCGCGUCCUGGUCAUGGAGUACCUGGAAGGCGGCCACGUCACGGACCUGGACUACAUCCGGCGGAACAAAAUCGACUCCUUUGCGGUGGCCAAUCGCAUCGGGCAGCUGUACUCCGAGAUGAUCUUCCGCACCGGCUUCGUGCACAGCGAUCCGCAUCCGGGCAACAUCCUGGUGAGACGCACUCCGAAGGACAGCCUGGAAAUCGUUCUGCUGGACCACGGGCUCUAUGCCAAUCUGACGGACAAGUUCCGCUACGAUUACUCCAAUCUCUGGCUGAGCAUUCUCAACGUGGACCGCAAGGCGAUGAGGCAGCACAGCGAGCAGCUGGGCAUUAAGGGUGAUCUUUAUGGCCUGUUUGCCUGCAUGGUGACGGGACGACCCUGGGAGACGGUGAUGCAGGGCCUCACCAAAGUCAAAUAUUCCAAAGAAGAGAAGAACACGCUACAGAACAACACGUCGCUGGUGCUGCCGCAUAUCUCCGAUGUCCUCGAGCAGGUGGACCGCCAGAUGCUGCUUAUCCUGAAGACCAACGACCUGAUUCGCGGCAUCGAGUCCACGCUGCGCACCCAGAACCGGAUGACCGCCUUCUGGGUGAUGUCCAAGUGCUGCGUGCAGAGCUCCUACGCCGAGCAGCGAACCCAGCAGUCCAUCUCCUCGUCGCGGAUCCUCUGGCUGCGGGUGCGCGAGCGAUGGGAGCUGCUGAAGCUCAACUGUUACUACCUCUACCUGGGACUGAUUAACUUCGGUUUCUUCGAAGCACUCAAGCAGGUUAUUUAGGCUAAGGAAUGUGGACCUGGACCCCCUAUUAAAAGUACAAAACUCGUGAGGAGCCUGGAAAGGGAAA